CCUGUCCGCAAGGGGCGCUGGAGUCAAAUGUAUUAGAUAGAGGACUUCCGGAUCAAAACCGUCACUAUGACGCUGGCUCCGCCCAUUCAACGGCCUUUCCGGUUUGAGCGCCAUUAAAGCUAGCAGAUAUGCCUAUUCGCUACCAGAUGGCCGUUGGCCUUAACAAAGGCCAUUCAGUUACUAAAAAUGUAGCUGCUCCUAAACACAGCCGCCGGCGUGGGCGUCUGACUAAACACAGCAAGUUUGUUCGUGAUAUGAUCCGUGAGGUUUGUGGUUUUGCUCCGUAUGAGAGGAGAGCCAUGGAACUGCUGAAGGUAUCCAAGGACAAGAGGGCCCUCAAAUUCAUCAAGAAGAGGAUCGGAACUCACAUUCGGGCCAAGAGAAAGAGGGAGGAGCUGAGCAACGUGUUGGCUGCAAUGAGAAAAGCUGCCGCCAAGAAAGACUAAUGUGACUCAAUAAAAGCUGAAGCUGCACCUCCA